UGUGAUAUGCGAUACCGGGGGCGUGAUAAUGGAGGCAAAACCAGGUCACUCGAUCAUUGAGUGUCACCAAUCCUGGCAGAGUGCAAGUUCGGACAUUUUCGCCACAAUGGUGGUAAAUGAGAGUGUCACAUCUCUGGAUCGCCGGAAUGACCGCCAGCUCUUGGUUCCCGUGAGUCAGAUCCCCACUGAGAUCAAACGGUUCUUUGAGCAUAAGAAGGCAAAACUGAUUCAAAAGGUCCAUGGAACAGGGUCGUUGGACCCCGAAGAUCUCCGAACCAUCACGUGGCUGAUCGAAAUCGCAUUGGUCAUCUUCAUGAUCUGCGCCAUUUGUGCAAUCUUGUUCCUGUUGUUCAUGUGUGUUCACCAAAUUUGGGAUAAUUACCAACGGGAUCAAGCCCGGAAGUCCCGCUUAAUGGCAUUGAAACAGCAGGCCUACUUUCAUCAAACUCAUCCCGAGGAAGAACUUGGUCGUCAUCCCCAUCGGGCUCAGCCAUAUGAAGAGGCUCGCCAGCAACUUUCCUCAGGAUCAUUUGACUCGUUCUCAGAUGAGGCUCAGCUUCCACGAAUCCAUAGUGGAAACCCCGGGGUUCGUUCUCAUCAGCCCCUUUUCAAAAAGUGCAGCUACAAUCCAUCCUUGAAGAGCGCCUCGGCGCCUCAAGCUACACAAACCAUGAGCCCGCCCCCUCUUCCCCCACCGGGGUCCAUCCCAACGUCGGGUCCCUCCUCGUCAUCCUCGUCGUUCUCAGAGCACUUUCAAAAAGAGAUCCAAAUCAACGUCGCUUCGCCUCCCCUCGGCCCGUCCACCUCCAACAGCAACGGGAUGGCGGCCAGUUACUUGUCGGUUAUGAACCCCAAUGAGAAUGACCGAUCUUUUUCGGUUUAUGAAGAAAUGCCGCCUCCCCCGCCUCCACUGACAAUGACAAUGACCCAGUCUCAAAUGCGCCGAAUGGACGAAUACUUGGUGAACAGUGAUCCCCCCACCCUCCGAGCUCUGCAGCCUUUGCCUUACGAUUGCAAAGCAUCGUCGUCUUCCGAUGAUUUGGAUGACUUGGACCCGGAUUAUCAACGAGUGGCCCACGUGAAAGCUACGCCGUUCUAGGGCGACUCAUGAGCCCCGAAAACAUGUCCAAAUUGUUCCCCCAUUCACUUGUGAUUUCAGGAACCAACAAUCGAAUCGAAUUCAACGAACAUAAGCUACGAGGAGCUUCACUCGUGAAUAGAGUACCGUUUUAGAGAAUUGAGUCUAAGUGAUUUUGACGGCAACAAAUAUAGCCUUUAGGAGACAUGAACUGCCGAUGACUGUUCUUGAGCUCGAAAUGUCCUCCGAGAUGUACGUGCUAUAGCUGUACUUAGUGGUCAACGGAAUAUAAAUUGGACAUUGAGACAUUAAGAACCGACGAUGGGCACCGUGCAAAGCUCGAGUUCAAUCUAAACA